AUGACACAAUUGUUCCCUCAGGGAGUGCCUAGGUUCUCUUUUAUAACUUGGCUUGCUGUGAAGAAUAGACUAUCUACGGGGGAUCAUAUGAGGACUUGGGGUCACACCCAGGGCUGUAUCUUUUGCGGUGAAACGAAUGAGACUCGGGACCACCUCUUUUUUGCUUGCCCUUACACGUUUACGGUUUGGAUUGAAGUGGUAGGCACGCUGUUGGGAAGAGACCCGGACCCGGACUGGGAGAACACGCUGGAUCACUUGACACACCACCGGUUUGAUUUCCUUACCUCAAUCCUCAUACGGCUAGUGUUCCAAGUUACUAUCUAUAUGGUUUGGAGGGAGAGGAAUGAUAGGAAGCAUAUGAAGAAUCCGAGACAGGCCGGCCAAUUGGAAAAGGUCAUCGACAAGACUGUGAGGAACAGGAUCACAUCCACAAAGUACACUCAGAAGCCACGCUUGAGAGGCCUACUUCAGCUCUGGUUCACAGCCCACAUGUAG